AUGAAACGUGAUUCGGCCUGCCUUUUCAGCAGCCCUUUAUUACUUGAUCAGAACUCUAUACUCAAGGGAUGGGGAAACAACUGUGCUUCUACGCAAUGCGCAAGACGUUUCAUCAACCUGCGAAGCCAUGAUGGAUGCAGUGUGCCGAAAUCCCAGUAUCAGCCCCUGAUACUCGACAUCGCAGCCAAGGGUUUUGAUCAGCCGGAACGCUUGUUUCAAUGUACGACACAAGAUACAUUAACAUCUCUGGGUGUAACGUUGUCAACCCUUUUCACGGUGGAUCUCGCAAAGUUUCUGGGUCAAAAUGUCAAUUUCUGA